AGUGACGAAAAGUUCCACUGAUGGUUUCCUGUCUUUUCAAAAUCCCAUCUCCCCAUUACGCUAGUGUCCAACUUUUAUCGAAGAAAUUUUUUUGUCGGCUUUACAUCUGCCGUAUGGGUCAGGUUAACACGUAUCCACGUUGGAGCAAAUGUUGAGGAACUUCCGUGUUGUCCGGCCCGGUUAUGAAGAGCCUUGAAGACCGAUGGACAAUUACAUUUUUAUCAGAGUGGUUGGGCAAGGGAGCUACGGGGAGGUGAACUUGGUGAAGCACAGAACAGACCGAAAACAGUAUGUCAUAAAAAAGCUCAAUUUAACCACCUCCUCGAAACGGGAACGUCGAGCUGCAGAGCAGGAGGCGCAGCUUUUGUCCCAGCUGCGACAUCCCAACAUCGUAACAUACAGGGAAUCCUGGGAAGGAACAGACCUCCAACUUUACAUAGUGAUGGGCUUCUGUGAAGGCGGUGACCUCUAUCACAGACUCAAACAGCAAAAGGGAGAGCUGCUACCAGAGAGGCAGGUGGUGGAGUGGUUUGUUCAGAUUGCCAUGGCACUCCAGUACCUUCAUGAAAGGAACAUUCUUCAUCGGGACCUUAAAACACAGAAUAUCUUCCUGACAAAGACCAAUAUCAUCAAAGUUGGGGACCUCGGCAUCGCACGUGUAUUGGAGAACCAGAAUGAUAUGGCCAGCACACUUAUCGGGACACCUUACUACAUGAGUCCAGAGCUCUUCUCUAAUAAACCCUACAAUCACAAGUCUGAUGUAUGGGCCCUGGGUUGCUGUGUGUAUGAAAUGUCUACACUAAAACACGCCUUCAAUGCUAAGGAUAUGAACUCACUGGUCUAUCGCAUUGUAGAAGGAAGGCUCCCACAGAUGCCAAGUAAGUACGACCCCCAGCUAGGAGAGCUAAUCAAAAGCAUGUUGUGUAAAAGGCCAGACGACAGGCCAGAUGUCAAACUUAUCCUGCGGCAACCUUACAUCAAACGACAAAUUGCCAUGUUCCUGGAGGCCACCAAAGAAAUAACUGCUAAGUCAAGAAAGAAAGUUUCUGGUGGCAGCAGGUACAUCCAAAGCAACGAUGUAGCCAAUGUGGGGCAGCUUCAGCCAAAACCAAAGCCACUCCCUCCAAGUCCUCAGCUGGAACCCCUUCCCAGGUUGAAACAAAAAGACAAAUCACAGCUCCUCAAAAAUCUAAACGGUGUCACAGACUGUAACCCGCUUCAGAUAAAUCCACCGCCUAAGCCGUCCUCACCUGAUGCUCUCAAAAGCAGCAUCACAUCCAUGGCAAGCAUCAGCAACAUCCAAGUUGACAUGUGUCCACAGCAGGAUCCAGAUGCGAUAAAGAGGGCAUUAGACGCACCUCAGUUAGCUGUGGCACAACACCAGGCUGAUAAAAAGGAGCCCUCGCCCCCUUCUACACAUGUUAAGCCCCCACUCAAGCCUGUAUCAGCAGCUGGGAGGAGGGGAGUAGAUGACAGAAAAGUAUCAAAUGGAUUUUGUCCAUUUCGGGACACCUUUUCAGUCUCUGAGAAAAAGGUGGCAGCUAAUGAUGACAAGGAUGACACAAUGGAGCUCCUUAAAGACGCUUACAUGCCGAACAGUAAAGUAGAAAUGAAGCAAGGAACAGAUUUGGAGAAGAGAUCUGCACACAGAAUCACCUUAGACAAAGUAGAGGCGAACAUAGAGUGUAAAAAUUAUUCCAUGAAUCCUGUCAACAGAGCUCAAACAGGACAUGCAGACAUACAAGAUAAUUUGGAGUCUACAGAAAAGCUGCUACAACCAUUCUCUCCAACAGUUGAACCUCCUGAAGAGAAGGUUCCCUUACAAAUCAACUCCCGGAGUGUAACCAGUGCUCCAUUUCUCACUGCCCAAGAACCUGCUGUCUCACUGGAGUACAGUGGGAGGGACAUAAAACAAAAAGAUUGUUAUCAGCAAAAGACUAAAGCAGCAUCUCGCAGACCUUUGCCUCGAGGUCCUGUCGAACCAUCAUUAGAAGUGAGGAAAAGAAGCACAGAGAGCAAGAAAAUGAAUGAGAAUGUCACAUCUAAAUCUUGUGGGGACGGAUUAUUUAAUCUGCCAAAGGCAAUAAACUUAAAUGUUACCAUUCAGGAGCGCCCUCUAUCUGCCAGAGAGAGAAGAAGACUGAGGCACUCCCAAGACACUGCCUGCCAAUCAGGUGCUGUAAGAGCAUCUCAUGAUGUCACCGGUUCCAAGACCCAACACCAGAACACUCCAGUUUCCAACUCUGUGUCAGACUUUAUUACUCAGACCAAUAAGCGGGGAAAGGAUGAAGAUGAGUACAGCUCAUCCACAAGCUCCACAGAGCAUGCAGAGGGAGACUGCAGGGAAAGGAGAGCUGAAACCAAAGACAUGCAGGAUUUAGUCCACAUGAUGACCCAAACUUUGAGGAUGGUUGAUGGAAAUGACGUGAAUGAGGUGGACAAACAUGAAUUGGGUUGUACGUUGUUGCCAGAAUUCAAACUUAACAAGAAGUACAGGGACACCCUGGUGCUCCACGGCAAGGCUCGACAGGAAGCAGAGAACUUGUCACUGGGAGAAAUCCCAAUAGGCUCCACGUCGGGUCCAGCCAAGAUCAGGAGGGCCAUCGAGCUCCUGAGAACUGAUGUAGUGAAGGGCCUGGGGGUCAAGCUCUUGGGCAAAGUCCUGGAAAUCAUGGAGGAGGAGGAUGACGAUAAACUAGAAUUGUGCCUUCGUCAGCAGAUGGGUGAUGAAAAGUAUCACACGUAUGGUGUGAUGGUGAGACAACUGAAAUUCUUUGAGGAGAUUGCCUUCAAGGUUUAGAAAAAUAAUUGUAACAAAAAAACAAUUGAUGUACGGAAGCUUUCACCAGUGAGGCAAGUGCUAUGGCAAGUGCCACUUCCUGUCUACAUAAACAUUCGAAUUUAUGCUUGUUGCUGCUAUUGUUGCAUCAACACCAUGAGAAACAGUUCAAUGUAAAUACAGUGGGUACGGAAAGUAUUCACUCCCUUAAAUUUUUCGCUAUUUGUUAUAUUGCAGCCAUUUGCUAAAAUCAUUUGUUAUUUUUUUUCCUCAAUGUACACACAGCACCCCAUAUUGACAGAAAAAAGGAAUUGUUUACAUUUGUGCAUAGUUAUUCAAACAGAAAAACUGAAAUAUCACACAACCAUAAGUACACAGACCCUUUCCUGUGACACUCAUAUAUUUAACUCGGAUGCUGUCCAUUUCUUCUGCUUAUCCUUGAGAUGGUUCUACACCUUCAUUGGAGUCCAGCUGUGUUUGAUUAUACUGAUUGGACUUGACUAGGAAAGCCACACAACUGUCUAUAUAAGACCUUACAGCUCUCAGUGCAUGUCAGAGCAAAUGAGAAUCAUGAGGUCACUGCCUGAUGAGCUCAGAGACAAUUGUGGCAAGGCACAGAUCUGGCCAAGGCUACAAAUUAAUUUCUGCUCCACUUAAGGUUCCUAAGAGCACAGUGGCCCCCAUAAUCCUGAAAUGGAAGACUUUUGGGCUGAUCAUCACUCGUCCUAGAGCUGGCCGUCCGGGCAAACUGAGCAAUUGGGGGAGAAGAGCCUUGGUUAGAGAGGUACAGAAGAACCAAAAGAUCACUCUGGCUGAGCUCCAGAGAUGUAGUCGGGAGAGGGGAGAAAGUUCUAGAAAGUCAACCAUCACUGCAGCCCUCUACCAGUCGGGGCUUUAUGGCAGAGUGGCCUGACGGAAGCCUCUCCUCAGUGCAAGACACAUGAAAGCCCGCAUGGAGUUUGCUAAAAAAUACCUGAAGGACUCCAAGAUGGUGAGAAAUAAGCUUCUCUGGUCUGAUGAGACCAAGAUGAACUUUUUGGCUUUAAUUCUAAGCGGUAUGUGUGGAGAAAACCAGGCACUGCUCAUCGCCUGUCCAAUAGUCCCAACAGUGAAGCAUGGUGCUGGCAGCAUCAUACUGUGGGUGUGUUUUUCAGCUGCAGGGACAGGACGACUGGUUGCAAUCGAAGGAAAGAUGAAUGCUGCCAAGUACAGGACAAAAACCUUCUCCAGAGUGCUCAGAACCUCAGACUGGGCCGAAGGUUCACCUUAAAAAAAGACCAUGACCCUAAGCACACAGCGAAAAUAACGAAGGAGUGACUUCAGAACAACUCUGUGACUGUUCUUGAAUGGCCCAGCCAGAGCCCUGACUUAAACCCAAUAGAGCAUCUCUGGAGAGACCUGAAAAUGGCUGUCCACCAAUGUUCACCAUCCAACCUGACAGAACUGCAGAGGAGCUGCAAGGAGGAAUGGCAGAGGAUCCCCAAAUCCUGGUGUGAAAAACUUGUUCCAUCAUUCCCAAAAAGACUCAUGGCUGUAUUAGCUGAAAAGGAUGCUUCUACUAAAAUACAGAACAAAGUGUCUGAAUACUUUGUACUGUGUGAUAGUUCAGGUUUUCUUUUCUAAUAAAUCUGCAAACAUUUUAACAAUUCUGUUUUUUUUCUGUCAAUAUGGGGUACUGUGUGUACAUUAAUGAGGGGAAAAAUUGUAUUUAAAUGAUUUUAGCAAUUGGCUGCAAUAUAACAGAGUGAAAAAAUUUAAGGGGGUCUGAAUAUUUUCCAUACCCACUAACUGUAUGACAAUGUUUAUAUCCUUAUGUUAUAGUUUAGUAUUUUUCACUAUGUCUAUGCAAACAUCUUCCUUAAACAUACCUUGCUGUAAUGGAGUAUUUAGUUUGUUAAUUUAUCAUGAGAGCCAGAAUAUUGUUGAAUAUUUUACCUGUAUUGCAUCUUUUGAGGGGGAUUAUUUUCGUUUGUCUU